GUCGCUUUCAACUGGCAUUAUUGUACUCUGCCGUAUUGCACUCGGUGUACUCUGUUUGGCCUUCCCUGCAUUAAAUUCUCAAGCGAUCGAUCCAGUGAGGGCGGUCGAUCACCCCCACGGGCAUCAACUGGUGCGCCUGUGCAGCUGUACAGAUCAGUUGAUGCCGGCUUUCCCCUCGGUUGGCUUGCUGAUAGUCCAUCACAAUAGGUACAACAAGUACAUGCCAACAGAACUACUGUAGGUCGUGCAGAUGUUUGUAUGUUGCCAGAGCGAUCAAGAGUCAAGACCAGCCAACUCAACUACGCUACGGAGAACAUAGUAGUCCGCCGAGAACCUGUUUGCUGGUGUUGUCAUUUUCUCUUACCCCAAAACACCCACAUACCCAUCGCGAUACCGUUGAAAGGUCCAUCAAACGCCCAUGUUUUUCGCUCAACGGUGGCUUUUUUUCGCAUUGAUUUCAUUAUCUCCGUGAGGUGGGUCGCGUGCAAUGCAAGAUUAUGCGCUGGGGCGUCCUUCCAUAUACAUCUCACACUAUCUGUGCGGUUCCUGAAACCAGCGGCUCUCCAUCCCCGACCGUCUCGUACCGUAGGUCACUCGUACAUAAUCGUCAUGCUCUCUCCAGGCCGACCAUCUUUUCAAGCAGGCAAGCGCUCUCAGCGGCGCAGUAGUAGCAAGCCUAUGCAGAUCUGGGGAACGUCUCGUCGAAUCACUCGAUAUUCCUCCUUCCUUUGUCGUGAAUGCUUCCAUUAAGCGACCACGGCGAUAUAUUUUCCUCCUUCUAUAUUUGUUAUUGUUGAACUUAACAACUUUCCCCUUCAGACAGUCGAUAGUUGGCUGCAGGCAUCAUCCCAAGAGGCAAGAGGCUAUAGUGUUUCGUUGAAAUUUGUCGGCGUUUCCGC